CUGACAUCCUGCUCUGCCUGGAGAGUGAUAUUUGGCAAAGCUUUGGUGAGCAGAAAAAAUGUCCACUCGCUACCACCAAGCUGCUAGUGAUAGCUACCUGGAGCUUUUGAAAGAGGCUACCAAGAGAGAUCUGAAUCUUUCUGAUGAAGAUGGCAUGACUCCCACACUCCUGGCAGCCUACCAUGGGAACUUGGAAGCCCUAGAAAUAAUCUGCAGCAGAGGAGGGGAUCCUGAUAGAUGUGACAUCUGGGGAAAUACUCCUUUACAUUAUGCAGCCUCCAAUGGUCAUGCCCACUGCGUCUCAUUCCUGAUCAACUUUGGUGCCAACAUCUUUGCCCUAGACAAUGACUUACAGACUCCACUGGAUGCUGCUGCCAGCAGAGAGCAGAAUGAAUGUGUUGCUCUUUUGGAUAGGGCUGCCACUACCCAGAACACCACGAAUCCCAAGAAAGUCACCAGGCUGAAGGAGCAGGCUCAGAAGAAUGCUAGGAGGCAGAUCAAAGAGUGUGAGAGGCUCCAGGAGAAACACCAAAAUAAGAUGGCCCGCACCUACAACAAGGAGGAAUCUGGGACUCUUUCUUCUUCCAAGGGCACUUUUUCCAGGUCACCCCUUUCGAAUGCUUCUGCUUCCAACACAUUUGGAUCACUGUCUAAGGGCAUUAAAGACACCUUUAAGUUAAGGUUCAAGAAGAAUAAAGACACAGCAGAGCGGUUAGGGGAGGAGAGCAGAAGUAGGCAGAAGAAUGUGAUGGAAGUAUUCAGAGAGGAGGAGGAAGAGGAACAUGAAUUCUCAGGCGACUUCAAAGAGAAGCUUCAGUUCUCAGCAGAGGGGGACAGCUGUGUGCAACACGAAUCCAUUCUCAAACGUCCAGGUCUAGGAAAUGUUGUUUUUAGAAGGAACAGAAUGUUGAGCCCUGAAGAGAUCUCAGACAACAAGAGGGAGUUGGGGUUUAAAAUGCCCAGUGAAUUGCUUCAGAGACAAGAAGGAGCUGAGGCUGAUGAAGAGGGAGAGGAAAACAACCAUGAAGAUGAUCUGCCUUGGGAUGAGGAUGAAGUGGAAUGGGAGGAAGAUGUGGUUGAUGCUACUCCCCUGGAAGUGUUCUUACAGUCCCACUACCUGGAAGAACUCCUUCCUAUUUUCAUGAGAGAGCAGAUUGAUCUGGAAGCUCUGUUGCUUUGCUCUGAUGAGGACCUUCAGAGCAUACAAAUGCAGCUGGGUCCCAGGAAGAAAAUUCUUAAUGCCAUAAGCAGAAGGAAGCAGGUGCUACAACAGCCUGGGCAGUUGGUGGACACCAGCCUCUGAUGGAGUGUUGGGUCAACUGGAUGAGUCUGCAGCAGUGGGGUGAUGCUGUGGCCCACUGGAAACAUGCCAGCCAAUAUCCACUACUAACCCAAUACCAGACUACUGGGUUUCUAGGGUUUUGGAGGUGUCCAUCGAAGAAAGAGGUCCAAAUUCUACUCUGAGAAAUACUCUAUACCUGUGCAUAUAAACCACUAAUGAGAAACUCAAGGAGACCUGCGAAUAAGAAAAAGACAUUUCUCUUCAAUUAUCUUUUUGAUAUUUUUGAAUAUAGAAAGGAUUAAAUGAAUGACAAAGAAGGGAAAAAACUUUCUUUACUUUCCUAACUCUGGACUUAAAAUUAUAAUCUCUCAUUACACUAGCUGCUGCUAAUUUCUGAUCCUUAUAGUCUAGGGAUUCUAACUCCAGUUCUGUCCUUAGCUUUGUUUACCUGUUGGUGGAGACUAAAGUUUCUCCAUUGGUCUGUGGCUUGAUGCCCAGCUUAAAUGUGGCUAACCCUUCAACAGAUGUUUACAUGUUUACAAGUAAUAGAAAUGGGUCUAUAAUACUCCUGCCUGGGAACAGAGACAGAAUGGCAGGUAGAGAGUGAGAAGAAAUAAACAGAAUGUAUGGUACCUGUAUGGACUGAAUUUUGUCCCACCAAAAUUCAUAUGUUGAAACUGUAAGCCCUAAUGUGAAUGUAUUUGAAUAUAAGACCUUUAUCAAAGAGGUGAUUAAGGUUAAAUGAGGUCAUAAAGGUG